AUGCUGCAAGUCAGGUGUCUGAGAGGUAGCAGAGGGGCCAAGGCUGCCCAUCUGAUAGGAGCCACGGUUGGUAUUGUAGUGACUGGAUGGGUGCAGAGGGCCUUCCAGAGCACUUCCAGUGAGUCAGCUGCACCGCUGCAGCAUGUAGCUGAACACGUUGCUGAGCCUGCCCUGCAGGAAUGUCCCGUCUGCAGCUACAAUGAAUGGGACCCUCUGGAGGAGGUGAUCGUGGGUCGUGCUGAAGGUGCCCACGUGCCUCCUUUCACUGUGGAAAUCAAAGCUAACACAUAUGAGAAGUAUUGGCCCUUCUACCAGAAGCAUGGGGGCCAGUCUUUUCCUGUGGACCACUUGAAAAAAGCUGUUGCUGAGAUUGAGGAAAUGUGCAAUAUUCUACAACACGAGGGCGUCACUGUGAGGAGGCCAGAGCCCAUCGACUGGUCCCUGGAAUACAAAACUCCAGACUUCGUAUCAUCAGGCAUGUAUGCUGCCAUGCCCAGAGACAUCCUUAUGGUUGUGGGGAACGAGAUUAUUGAGGCUCCUAUGGCUUGGAGGGCUCGCUUCUUUGAGUACAGAGCUUAUAGGCCUCUGAUCAAGGAGUACUUCAGAAGCGGUGCCAAGUGGACCACUGCUCCUAAACCCACUAUGGCUGAUGAGCUUUAUGAUCAGGACUACCCCAUCCGCACAGUGGAGGACAGACGAAAGCUGGCUCUCCAGGGGAAGUUCGUGACCACAGAGCACGAGCCCUGUUUCGAUGCUGCCGACUUCAUCCGAGCUGGGAGGGACAUUUUUGUCCAGAGGAGUCAGGUUACAAACUACAUGGGUAUUGAGUGGAUGCGCCGUCAUCUUGCUCCAGACUACAAUAUCCACAUCCUUUCAUUUGAUGACCCUAACCCUAUGCACAUUGAUGGCACCUUUAACAUCAUCGGGCCAGGACUGGUGCUGUCAAACCCUAUUCGCCCAUGUCACCAGAUCGACAUGUUCAAGAAGGCUGGUUGGACUAUUGUGAAACCUCCGACACCUCUGAUGCCUGAUGACCACCCACUGUGGCUGGCCUCCAAGUGGCUAUCCAUGAACGUCCUAAUGUUGGAUGAGAAGCGUGUUAUGGUUGAGACCAAUGAAAGCACCAUUCACAAAAUGUUUGAGAGCCUUGGUAUCAAGACCAUAAAGGUGAAUAUUCGCCAUGCCAACUCCCUGGGUGGUGGCUUCCACUGCUGGACCACUGAUGUCCGUCGCCGUGGUACCCUGCAGUCCUACUUCUAAUAGCCUCGCCAGAAACAGGCGAUUUUUUAUUGAA